AUGGAGAACAGUACUGAAGUCACUCAGUUCAUUCUGUUGGGACUAACCAAUGUCCCAAAGCUGCAGAUUCCUUUGCUUGUAAUAUUCACUCUCAUUUACCUCACCAAUGUGCUUGGGAACUUGGGGAUGAUCAUCCUGAUUAUGUUGGACUCUCGUCUCCACACUCCCAUGUACUUUUUCCUCAGUAACUUGUCUCUGGCAGACCUUUGCUACUCUUCAACUGUCACUCCCACAGCUUUGACUGGGUUCCUUGUAGAAGACAAUGCCAUCUCCUACAAUGCGUGUGCUGCUCAGAUGUUCUUUUUUGCAGUAUUUGCCACUGUGGAAAAUUUCCUCUUGGCCUCAAUGGCCUAUGACCGCUAUGCAGCAGUGUGUAAACCCCUGCAUUACACAACCACUAUGACAACAGGUGUGUGUGCACGUCUGACUAUAGGCUCCUAUAUUUGUGGUUUCCUGAAUGCCUCCAUCCAUACAGGGAACAUAUUCCAUCUCUCCUUCUGUAUGCCCAAUGUGAUCCACCACUUUUUCUGUGAUAUUCCAGCAGUCAUGAUUGUCUCUUGUUCUGAUAGACAUGUUACUGAGAUGGUUCUUGUUGGUGCAGCAAUUUUCACUAUCUUUUUUGCUCUUGUGGUUAUCUUUACGUCCUACUUGUUCAUAUUCAUCAUCAUCCUAAAGAUGCACUCAGCUGAAGGAUAUCGGAAGGCAUUAUCCACAUGUGCAUCUCACUUCAUUGCAGUCUCCAUCUUCUAUGGGACAGUCAUCUUCAUGUAUAUACAGCCCAGCUCCAAUCACUCCAUGGACACAGAUAAAACGGCAUCUGUGUUCUAUACUAUGGUCAUCCCCAUGCUGAACCCUCUGGUCUACAGCCUGAGGAACAAGGAGGUCAAGAGUGCCUUCAAGAAGGUUGUUGAGAAGGCAAAAAUGUCCAUAGGCUUAACUUUCUAA